AUGUCUCUGCUGGUGGAUCAGGCAAACAGCCUCGACAGGUCUUCGAUAUCAUGGUUGUUUAAGAAAAGUUCCAACACUACCGCUGAACCGAUGGGCGGCAUAAUUAUAUCUGUUAUUUCCUCCCUCUCCAUCCUUGCCUCCGUUGUCCUCUCAUCCCCUACUCAGCCUGCCACCGGCAUCUUACCUCUUGUGAUAUGGCAUGGCCUGGGAGACAGCUACGAAAAUGACGGCAUGAAAAGUAUCGCGCAACUUGCAGAAACAACAAACCCAGGCACGCAUGUCCACCUCAUUCGAUUCGGCGCGUCUGGGACCGAAGACCGAGAUGCCACAUUUUUUGGCAAUGUUACUGCCCAGGUCGACGAGGUUUGCCAGACGCUGGCGUCGGAUCCCGUAAUAAGCAACGCCCCAGGUAUAAAUGCGCUUGGUUUCUCGCAGGGCGGUCAGUUCCUGAGAGCAUACACUCAGCGUUGCAACAAACCUCCGGUCCACAACUUGGUCACGUUUGGCAGCCAGCACAAUGGGAUUGCGAGCUUUACAGCAUGCAAGGAUUCUGGCGACUGGCUAUGCUGGAGUUUCAAUGCUCUACUGCGCUUCGGAACUUGGUCUAGCAUUGCUCAGUCUGGUCUGGUCCCAGCGCAGUAUUUCAGAGAUCCAGAGGAGCUAGACGACUACCUGAAGUACAGCAACUUUCUCGCUGAUAUCAACAAUGAGAGAGCAGUAAAGAAUACAACGUACAGGGAGAAUCUGAUGAAAUUGAACAAGUUUGUGAUGUACAUGUUCAAGGAUGACACUACUGUUAUCCCAAAGGAGAGCGCUUUUUUCACAGAGGUCAACGCCACGUCAGGAGAACAUACGAAGUUGCAGGAUCGGCCAAUGUAUAAGGAGGACUGGCUUGGGCUGAAGGUACUGGAUGAGCAGUCUCGCUUGGAGUUCCUAACGAUACCUGGCCGCCAUAUGCAAUUGAGUGAGGCUCUAUUGGUGCAGGUCUUCUACCGUUACUUUGGUCCUGUAGAGAAGUCAGGGACCGAAGAUGCCGGAGCCACAGAUUUCAAAGUCCAGGAAUAG